UACAACAACAAUAAUCACACAGAUGAGAGUGAUUUUAGACCCCGAUAAGAACAAUAGAAAAGACUAAAAGAAAAAGUUGAAAAAAUUAUAAAUUUAAAUGCAAAUACAACUUGUUUUAAAAAAACGAACACAGGCUUAACAAAAGAAACAAACUUACCCAACACGUUACGUCGUAGAGCAAGAACCAGAAAUUGGAGCGUUAUUUGUGUAGUGUUUUUCCACCGCCAACAACACUAGAAGCAGUACAAGAACGAAACAUUAAUACGCUUCAAAAUAACCACCAACACUAGAAAAACUCCCCCCGAAAGGUUGUCCACAAUCUAUGAACUGAUCAUUAUGUGGACAAUAAGCAUAACGAAAAAACGCUGGAAAGAAAUUGGCAUAGCAGUGGGCAUAUUUGUUUUUAUUAUUGUCUUCUAUAAAUCCUUGUCCGCCAAAGAUUUGACAAACAUCAAAGAUCGUUUUCGUAGCAGUAGUGGGGAGAGCAAUACACUAUCGGGAGACUUUCUGGUUAUUUAUGAGAAACAGCAACAAUUAUUGCAGCAACAGCGCUAUGAAUUGGAAAAAACUAAAGCUGAAUUGGCACGGCUGCAGGAUGAUAUGCGUGCCUUACAAUCGAAUACACCACGAAAAUAUCCCAAAGUGAAAUAUUUAAAUUAUAAGAACCGUAAAAGAAUCCUAGUGACGGGUGGUGCCGGUUUUGUGGGCUCCCAUUUGGUGGACAAUCUUAUGUUGGCCGGUCAUGAGGUGAUUGUAGUGGAUAAUUUCUUUACUGGUCGCAAACGUAAUGUCGAGCAUUGGUUGGGUCAUGAAAAUUUCGAGCUGAUACAUCAUGACAUUGUUAACUCUUUGUUUAUUGAAGUGGAUGAAAUUUAUCAUUUGGCUUCGCCAGCCUCACCGCCUCACUAUAUGUUCAAUCCGGUUAAGACUAUAAAGACCAAUACUAUGGGUACUAUUAAUGUUUUGGGUUUGGCGAAACGGGUUAUGGCCAAAGUAUUGAUUGCAAGUACGUCAGAAGUUUAUGGCGAUCCCACCGUACAUCCUCAGCCAGAGACUUAUUGGGGUCAUGUAAAUCCUAUUGGACCGCGUGCAUGUUAUGACGAGGGCAAGCGUGUUUCGGAGACGUUGAGUUAUGCCUAUGCUAAGCAGGAAAAGGUGCAGGUACGUGUAGCUCGUAUAUUCAAUACAUUUGGACCACGCAUGCAUAUGAAUGAUGGUCGUGUUGUAUCCAAUUUUAUUCUACAAGCCUUGCGCAAUGAAACCAUUACAGUUUAUGGUAAUGGCAAACAGACAAGAUCUUUUCAAUAUGUUUCCGAUUUAGUAGAUGGUCUUAUAGCCUUAAUGGCCUCCAAUUAUACACAACCCGUAAAUAUAGGUAAUCCCGUAGAGCACAGUAUAGAAGAGUUUGCUAUUAUCAUUAAAAAGCUAGUGGGAGGACAGAGUGAAAUAAAACAAAUCGAAGCCAUGGAAGAUGAUCCUCAAAGACGUAAGCCCGACAUAGCUAGAGCUAAGAAAUAUUUAAAUUGGGAGCCCAAAGUGCCGCUCCAAGAGGGAUUACUUAAAACUAUAGACUAUUUUCGCAAAGAAUUGGAACGUUCUGAUCGUUUUGCCAAAAAUUCUAAAAAAUAUUUUGAAUCUCGAGAUUUGGAACGUUCACAAAUACGUUUUCAUUUUGAUCCUGGCAAUGAUUAAUGUUAGGAUUUUUCUGAGCUUUAAAAAGUCUCAGAAGGGAAGUUAGAGAUUAAUUUGUAAUCAUUAACAUAAACUGUACUUAGUUAAGUAGACAUAUUUUUUAAACAUAACAAAAAAAAAACAUAAUUUUAGCAAUAAACCUAAACAUUGAAUCUA